UCCGUGAGUUAUCCUGUCAAAACCUGAAUCCAGCACUGAAAAAGUUUGCAAACAUUCAGCAGCGUUAAAGUGAAAUUUAACUUUCUAUAAAUUAGCUAAAAAUUAACAUUUUAAACGAUGGCUGAUGUGCUUGAUAUCUACAAUCACGAGGAGUUUGAAGUGGAUGAAGAUGGUGAUCAGGGGAUUGCUCGGCUGAAGGAAAAAGCACGCAAGCGUAAGGGACGUGGAUUUGGAAAUGAGAGCAUCCCCCGUGAGGCAAUCGACUACGAGCGACUGCAGGACGACGAGGAGGAAGCCGAACCGGGACCGCAGCGAUCGGUUGAGGGUUGGAUUUUGUUCGUGACAGCUAUCCACGAGGAAGCGCAGGAAGAUGACAUUCAGGAAAAGUUUUGCGAGUUCGGUGACAUCAAAAAUAUCCAUCUGAAUCUUGACCGUCGUACCGGUUUUCUGAAGGGUUAUGCUUUGGUGGAAUACGAGACGUACAAACAAGCGCUGGCAGCUAAGGAAGCACUAAACGCAUCUGAAAUUCUGGGACAAACCAUUGCUGUUGAUUGGUGUUUCGUCAAAGGACCGAAGAAAUUAAAGAAAUCAAGCGAACGUCGGCGAAGAUAGAAAUAAUAUUUAUAAAAGCUUUUUCAUUAUUUAUAUUUGAAGUCAGGAGAUGACCGAAUCGAAAAAUAAAAUAUGAAUUCGAAAUACAAA